UCCGUCUCUGAAUAUCUUGCGUAAUAGAAACUGUAAAGCCCGAGCUAAAAGAGUCGUCACCUCUGCUGGUGCCUUCUCUACGUGUAUAAAAGGUAUCAAGACACCUCGAUCAGAAAAGGUGAGUCCAAAGUGAAGAACACAACUCCCAUAUCACCAACAUCGUCUACAUACUUCAUAGCCAUAUUUCCCACUACCUCACUCUACAAUUCGAACAAAAUGUCCGCCAAGACCUCCGAUAUCUUCACCAUCCGCGCCGCCCCCGGCACCGACAUCUGGCGUAAACCACCCACAACCAACAUCUACAAUGCACCAACCGCCAUCCCGCCCUCCACCCGCUCCACCGGCCCUCUAACCUCCUUCCUCUCCGUCCGCGCCUCCUUCUCUUUCCCCUGGCGCGAGCGCUACGACCAAGCAGGGAUCCUCCUCGCCUUUCGUCCUCGCCACCCUUCUACUUCUUCUUUAACUCCCUCUGCUACUUUGGAAUCCGAGAGGAAGAACGACAUCCCGCCCAAAUGGAUCAAAACCGGCAUCGAAUUCUACCAAUCCCAACCGCAACUGAGCACAGUAGCCACGGAUAAUUGGGCUGAUUGGAGCGUUACUCCUCUCCUUUCCUCUUCUUCUUCUUCUUCUGGAGCAGAGACAGAGCAGUGGACGACCAUCUUGGUGGAACAGUCGGCCGACGAGCAUGGAAAGAGUAUUUGGGUUUAUAGGAUUGUGGUGGAUGAGAAAACGGGAGAGGAAAAGAGCAGGACGGCGUUGAGAGAGAUUUGCUGGGUUUAUGGGCUGGCGAACCCAGGGGUGGAGGAGUGGGAUUUGGAGGUGGUGGCUAUGGCGGCGAGACCGGAGAAGGAGGUUAAGGAUGGGGACGAGAAGGAAUUGGUGGUAAAGGUUAAGGGGUGGGAGGUCAAGUGGGCUGAGGAAUAGGACGGUUGAGGUUGACCCAAAGUGUAUGUCACUGUCAGUCACUUCUCGUUUGGCGAACAGAGACAGAAAUAUAUGUGGGAGGUGGUUCCAUUACGUAGUUCUUCAAGUGAGGAGAGGGCUUGCUAGCUAUCUAACGCAGCUAUGAGAUUGAAUAUUACCAUUGUUUUUCCCUAGUUGUGUUUGUGUCAUCAUCAUAAGAGUCAUUACUAUACAUCAUCACGAAGGUGUCUUGGCUAGUCUGCUAAUUAAAGCGACCGUUUCGCGAAUAUGAGUGAGCGAGUGACCCCUUGCUCGUACAGCUAACAAGUCUCUCCCAUGUAGAAGCAAACUAUACAAACCAGACGGCCUUGAGACACUGUUUGAUCAUCCAACCAGGGGAUU